UUUUGCUGAACACACGUGUGGUGGAAACGUGACAUUGGAAUUCGAUGGCAAAUGUACCGAUUUGGAGAAAGAAACACCUGAUCAUGCAAUCAGAUUGUUGUAAUCAUGGCCAUGCCAGGGAAAGUCUCCUCCGAGCCACGCUACACCAUCGAGCAAAUCUCCCUCCUCCACCGCCUCCUUAGAACAGGUCUUACAAAGCAGGACAUCGUUCAUGCCUUGGACUCCAUGACCAAGAUGGAUGCAGAGUUCCAGUCCUCAAGUCCACCUGUAAUGAGCUCCCAAGGCCAAGGGGAUCAUUCCAGUAACUACACAUCACCUCCAUUGGUACCACAGCAUCACUCAUCCCCUGUUCAAGUCUCGGGAGGACUGAGAGGAGCUGGAGGAGGAGGGAGGAUACAUGAUGUAGACUGCGAAGCUGGGGAAGAUAUUCAGGGAGGAAUUCUUCAAGGAAUGUCCCAGGAAGUCAUCUGUGGUGUUGAGAACUUCAAGAAUGUUUCCGAUGCUGAAGUGGAAAACUUGUUUAGCCGUGGCCCCAUGGCAAUCAAAGCUGAAAUCCGCUCAUUCCUGACCAAAUACAGACUGUCACAAACACAGAUCUCCAUGGCAACAGGCAUCAGUCAAAGUUACAUCUCGUCAUUCCUCAUCCAUGGCUUCAUGAUGAAACGUUCAACUCAGUCGCUUCUCUAUCGAUGGUACCUUGGCAAGAAGAAUGAAAUCGAACAGCUAGAUCAAGAUCAGGCUCUUAACCGAAUGAACGAUACAUCACCUCCUUUAAGACCAACUGACCAGUCACACAUGUACCACAGCCCCAAUGGUGAUAACUACUUGCCAACCUUCAAGCGAAGAGAACGUUUCACAUGGAGAGACAACCACAGUCGAAUUCUAGAAAGCUACUUUAAUCGGAAUCCUUAUCCCAAUGAUUAUGAACGAGAGAAGAUAACCGAGGCAUGCAACAGUGAACAUCAGCAAUCAGGAGAGACAGUCCCAGACUGCAAGUGGGUGACUUCAUCAAAAGUCUACAACUGGUUUGCAAACAGACGUAAAGACAACAACAGACGGAAGAGGCUUGGUCAGAGAAUAGAUAGUAUGGAGGAUAACUGUGCACCUUCAAAUAUUAGCGAUAAGACCAAGUAUGGCCAAAUGAACUCUUCAAAUCUUCACAUCAUUGAGGUACACUCUGGGGAGACAAACCAAUCAGAUGAUCCCUCCUCCUCCCAGGACCAUGUGGUUGUUUUACGAAUGGGUGAUGAGCAGCAGCAGGUGGAGGACCAGCAAGCCGUGGAGGAAGUUCAGGGGGGUGGUAUUAUGGAGGAAGACUGCAAAGUCCAAAGGAGAGAGAGAGAUGAGGGGAAAGCCCAUUAUGAUGGAAUGAACACUAUUUAUACCCUUAUUGAAGCUGUAGAGGAGAGUGGCAUGGCAAAAGCAACCUAGAUCUAACAUAUUCUAGCAGCAUGGCCCAAUAUCAUAAAGCUAAUGAAGCACAACAAGUAACUAAGCACAACACAAUUAUGCUUACCAAAAUAAGGUUA